AUGCGUUCUGCCCUUGCCAUUGCCGUUGUUGCUGCUGUUGCCGUUGCUGUCCCUGCCGAGGAUUGUAAUCCUUCAUACAAUGUCGCUACUUCUGGUACUUGUUUCACCAAUUGUAAUGUGAAUGCCGGUAACUCUUUCGUGCCUGGCUGGACUAUGGAUCACACUUCUCCCAACUUUAUCCCUUCUCUUACUCUCAUGUGUAAUAAGGGUACCUCCGAAUACUUGGCUUUCAUGUCAAAGGCUGGUAUGUGUAUGGCUGGCUGUCCUGAUGAUCAAGCACUCUUCAACAAUGAAUUUGCUGGUGCCUGUGCUUGGUGGGCUGAACACAAGAAUGAUAAGUGUGGUGAGGUUGGCGCUUCACCCAACGCUACUGCUUCUGCCUCUGCCUCUGCCUCUGCUUCUUCAGCUGGUGCUGCUCAAAGCUCAUCUGCCGUUGCUGAUAGCGCUGCUUCCACUUCUGCUGCUGGUCAGGCUUCUGCCAAAGUACAAAACUUGGUUAUUGCAUUGGCUGCUGGUGCCGCUUACUUUGCUCUUUAA